AUUGGAAAAUAUUUCGGGGGAACUGUCCGCUAAAGAGCCCUCCCACCCUCUUCUCACCAUCCUGUCAGCUAGAGGUUACACCAAAGCCGACUUCCUUCGGAAAAAUGUGAUUUUCUUUCUACAAAAUCACACGAACAAGUUAAAUGUUUAAGGUUUCCGCGCGGCUAUUUGUAAACUGUCCGAGCGCGUGAGCAGAGGCGUAUGCGCCGGAGCAGCUGCCGCAUUCUCGAGGCUUCAGGUGGAGCUCGUCGGACGGGACAGCGGAGCAUCGACUGAGGUUCACGGUGUUUUGCUCUACUCCCAUCCCUGAGAUGCUGCCCUGCCUGCAAAGAGUCUUGCGGCCUGCCCUCUCCCUGACAGCCGGGAGUGGGCUGGCCAGAGCCGGACUCAGAAACCACCAAACACCCGCUGUAGCAUUUGCCUCGAAGCCACUGUUCUCCAUGCUGGUGCAGCGGUGUUACCUGGGCACACACCCCCUGAAGGAGCCCGUGGAGCCCCUCAACUCACCCCGGGGAGCCAAGGAGUUUAUUUAUAGCCUCCAUCCCUCUGAGCGCACCUGUCUGCUGCGGGAGCUUCACAAGUUCGAGUCCAUAGCCAUCGCUCAAGGGCAGCUGGAAAUUGCGCCCCCUACUGCAGCCCAGUUAAGAUAUGUUCUGCUACACAAUGCACUUCCUUUUGUUGGAUUUGGAUUUCUGGACAACUGCAUCAUGAUUGUUGCUGGCACACAGAUUGAGUUGUCUAUCGGCGUUAUUCUUGGCAUUUCAACUAUGGCAGCUGCUGCUCUUGGCAACCUGGUAUCUGAUCUGGCAGGACUGGGGCUGGCAGGUUAUGUGGAGGCUUUGGCAUCUCGGUUGGGGAUGCAGAUUCCUGACCUGAGCCCAAAACAAGCGGAUAUGUGGCAGACUAGAGUCAGCUGUCACACGGGUAAAGCCAUCGGCGUAGGCAUCGGCUGCAUCCUCGGUAUGUUCCCUCUCCUUUUCUUCAAGGAUGAUGACGAGAAGAAAGACGGCCAGACUGAGGGAAAGGAGGGAACACAGUCACCACCUGCUUCAGCAGACAGCAGCAAAAACUGAAACUAGCAACUCAUUUGAAACAAAUAUUAUCUGGAAUCCAUUUGAUACUUGACUUAAUCUGAGACUGAUCCUUGCCAAAUGUGGAAGGAGAAACGGCCUUUUUAGCAGGCGCUUAACAAGAAUCAAACUAUCCAAGAUAUUCUGAUCAGGAUUGUAGAUAUUAGAUUAUAGACUGAACAUAAGCACAGGACACUGUUUAUCUCUUGGAGAGACAAGACUGAGCUGCUGCUCAGUGUUGCACCGUAACCUCACCUUAUCUUUACUUCCUGACAUGAACUUAUUUAUCUAACAUUUCAGUGGCUCCGCCUGUGCUGUGAGGGUCCAGUCAGUUACAAAGCUCAGACUGUAGAUGCCUAGAUGAAAGGUAAAGUGACUGAAAGUCCAAGGCUUCCCUAUAGCAUUAUAUCAUAUUGGGGAACCAGUUUAUUCGAACACUAUUAGAACUACUGUAGAGAAAAAUCUUUACUGUCAGAAAUCUUGGCAACUAAUAGGGAAAGUGUGAGCAAAGUUCAAUGCACUUCGCUUGGUUCAGUGUUAAAAUCAUGAGGAUAUUUUCCAGCUACAGGCAGGCAGUUAGAUGCUUGAUAGUUUCUGAAAGAUUUUUUUAUUUAUUUUUUUGCUCACCUUUCUUUUUCUGGAUUGAACUGCUCCUCCGGGAUGUAAAGCAUGCAACAGUUUUCCUAUAUCUUUCAAAGAGUAGUUUGAGGAAGAAGGGAAAACUCCACAUAGAUGAAGGAAGAAACAAAGACUGUGGCACUAAGAUAGGACAAAAUCCAACAGUUAACCUCUUGAGAUAUCUUUCCACUUAAUUUUGCAUUUUAAGAGAUGAUUGUUUUCGGCUUGUACUAACGCAUAUUUCUUCCACUACCUCCAUUGUGAUGUCUGUUUCACUGCCCUUGAUUUGUUGACAGACGGAAGGGGAUGAUGUUUUCUUUUGGUUUCGCAGAAAUUCCUCCACAAUCCUGCAAAUGUUUAUCUGCCGGUUUGCUGCCCCUGUAAAGUGUUUAAAAUGACCUUUUUCCUUUUAGUAUGCAAACUAGGUAACCUGCUGUACAUUUUUUUAUUAUUCAUUCUCUUGCUUUUGUUGUUUUUGUGUGUUUUUUUUUAGCUUUGUGCAGUCAGCGCGUAGCCACAUAAAAGUCUUAUUACGGAGUUUCGUUUGUUUAGAAAUUAAAAUAGAAAGAAGCAACAAAGGAUUUUUCUUAAAGCACUUUCAUUUAUUUUUAUCUCAGUAGUCAUAGUCGUGUUUUUUUUCACUGUGUAUUCUCUUUUUCUUAAAGGACAUUGAAAAUAUUUGUCAAUUAAUUUCCCUACCAGGGAAAUUACAACUCUGUUACAACCAUUGCUAACUUCACUAAAAAUGUUUUAAAAACAUAUGAAGGAGCAAUAACUUGUGUGCAAUUGUUCUCGCUAGGCGGAUGAUCCUAAAAAGCGAUGUCUGAAGAAAAUGAACAAAGAGAUUAACAUAUUUAGUUGGGGUUUUUAUUCUGAUUGCUUGAUUUCCACCUUGCAUGCAGUAUAAUAAAAAUGAAGACUAAUAAUAAAUGAAGAAAACACAGACUGAGUAUGUCCUUCCAUUUUCUAGCACAAUAUAAGAAUUAGUGGAGAUACUGAGGAUUUAUAGGGGAAAGGAGUAAAUUGAGGAGGAUCAAUAUGCAAAAAGAUGUAGUUAUGACUUCACAAUAUAGAUUUUUGUGGCUUCUAUUGUGGUUUCUAUUUUAACCAGACACUGAUGGUCAGGAUUGGUUUUGGUGAAGUGUGCAGAGAUAAUACAGAGACGUAACACAGCCCUCUGCUCUGAAGUUAACUAUGUUGGUGGAUGUAAUAACGAAAUAAAUAAAACAAUGAUUGCUUGAUUUUGGUUGCAAAUGCUGUUGAUAGUUUUUAAGAAAAGUAGCUAUUGUUUCUUUGAACUGUCAGGAAAUUGCUCCUCUGGGGGAUUUAAGAUCAUUUUAAGUGUGUAGUCAGAAAAAGAAUAAAAUAGUCAAGUUGUGAAAUAUUGAGACUUUCCAUCACUAAACAUAUUUGUGUUGUUAAAAGAAAAGUAAACAAGAUAAAAUCCUUUUUAAAUGUGUUCAACUAACAUUGCGGG